AUGAACAGGAAAACAAGGCGCUGGAUCUUCCACAUCUUCCUGAGCCUGGGCAUUGUCUACAUCAAGAUCGGGGGCUUUUCCUCUGUGGUGGCCCUGGGAGCCAGCAUCAUCUGUAACAAGAUCCCGGGGCUCGCCCCCCGGCAGCGGGCAAUCUGCCAGAGCAGGCCCGACGCGAUUAUUGUCAUCGGGGAAGGGUCCCAGAUGGGCAUCAAUGAGUGCCAGUUCCAGUUUCGCAACGGGCGCUGGAACUGCUCUGCCCUGGGCGAGAGGACGGUCUUCGGGAAGGAGCUGAAAGUGGGGAGCAGAGAGGCAGCAUUCACCUACGCCAUCAUCGCUGCCGGCGUGGCACACGCCAUCACCGCCGCCUGCACGCAGGGCAACCUCAGCGAUUGCGGCUGCGACAAGGAGAAGCAAGGGCAGUACCACAAGGAGGAAGGAUGGAAGUGGGGAGGCUGCUCUGCCGACAUCAGAUACGGCAUCGGCUUCGCCAAGGUGUUCGUGGACGCCCGGGAGAUCAAGCAGAACGCCAGGACGCUGAUGAACCUGCACAACAAUGAAGCUGGCCGCAAGAUUCUGGAGGAGAACAUGAAGCUGGAGUGCAAGUGCCACGGGGUGUCGGGCUCCUGCACCACUAAAACCUGCUGGACCACCCUGCCCAAGUUCCGGGAGCUGGGCUACAUCCUGAAGGACAAAUACAACGAGGCGGUGCAGGUGGAGCCGGUGCGCGCCAGCCGCAACAAGCGCCCCACCUUCCUCAAGAUCAAGAAGCCUCUCUCCUACCGCAAACCCAUGGACACCGACCUGGUGUACAUCGAGAAAUCCCCCAACUACUGCGAGGAGGACCCCGUGACGGGCAGCGUGGGCACGCAGGGCCGGAUGUGCAACAAGACGGCGCAGCAGUCCCACGGCUGCGACCUGAUGUGCUGCGGCCGCGGCUACAACACUCACCAGUACUCCCGCGUCUGGCAAUGCAACUGCAAGUUCCACUGGUGCUGCUACGUGAAGUGCAACACCUGCAGUGAGCGAACAGAGGUCUACACCUGCAAGUGA